AACCUAACAGAGACUGAUGGCUUCAUCAGAAGCUUUUUAGCUUUGGAUCUUCCAGAGGAGUACAAGAUGGACAACAAACGUCGAGGCCUUGCACUCAUCUUUAACCAGGAGCGCUUCCUGGACCUGGAUGACAGGCAGGGAACCAAUGCAGACAGAGACAACUUGGAGAAAAGACUCAAUGAACUAAACUUUGAAGUGAAGACUUACAAUAACUCCACACAGGUGGAAGUCUUGGAUAAACUCGGUGAAGCUGCAGAAGCCAACCAUUCAGACGCAGACUGCUUUUUGCUCGUCUUCCUGAGCCACGGCAAUGAUGAUCAUGUUUACACCUAUGAUGGCGAGAUCCGCAUUCAGGAUAUCACAUCCCUGUUCAAAGGAGACAAGUGCAGGAGCCUGGUGGGAAAACCAAAGAUCUUUAUAUUCCAGGCAUGCCGUGGAAAUAAGCAUGAUGAUCCGGUGAUUGCCUUUGAUGCAGUAGACAGUGUGCUGGAGAUGAAUGAGGAUGUGGUGGAUGCCAGUGGCGUAUACACUCUCCCUGCUGGGGCUGAUUUCAUCAUGUGCUACUCUGUGGCUGAAGGUUAUUAUUCCCACCGGAACAUGUUCUACGGUUCUUGGUACAUCCAGGAUCUGUGUGAGCUGCUACACAGGUAUGGGGACUCCCUUGAAUUUACAGAACUACUGACGCUGGUCAACAGGAAAGUGUCAAGGAGGAGUGCCAACAGUCGUAACCCGAAUGCAGUUGGGAAGAAGCAAGUACCUUGUUUUGCUUCAAUGCUCACCAAGAAACUUUACUUCCGGCCAAAGAAGUUUCAAACCUAAUCCAUUAAAUGAGCUGUUUCUUAUAUGUCUCACUAUAUUAACAUAUGCAUUGACCCCUUUAAAACCUGACUUGGUUUCUUUCAAAAACAUGGGAGGGACUCAAAAACUUAACAACAGAUAAC